GAUCACAGCAGCAAAUUCCACGGCCUAACAGCACUCUUCACCACGCAAGUCCAGUUUGCGCCCCUCUGCAAAACUCAGCAGCUGAGACCAGACCCAUUAGGCACCUUCCACAUCUGCACUCAAUCCCCAUCGCUUUUUAUAAAAGUCGAGCCAAAAUCCUCCAUCGCAAACAUGGCGGCGGAGCAGAGAAAGCUCUUGGAGCAACUUAUGGGUGGCGGCAUCGCCGCACGCCCUGCCCAAGUCUCUCUCACCGACUCCAAGGUCUGCCGGUCCUACGUCGCCGGCACAUGCCCCCACGACCUCUUCACAAACACACGACAGGAUCUAGGCCCUUGCCCAAAAGUACACUCGGAGGCGCUCAAGGCGGAAUACGAGGCACUGCCGGAAAAGGAGCGACAAAAGAUGGGCUUUGAGUACGACUACAUGCGGGAUCUGCAAAAGUAUAUCGACGAGUGCAACAGGAGGAUAGACGCGGCUCAGAGGAGGUUGGAGAAGACCCCCGAUGAGAUUAGGCAAACAAAUGUGCUGCUACGAACGAUAUCCGAUCUUCAAAACUCGAUAAACUGCGGCCUGGUCGAGGUCGAAAUCCUAGGAGAGUCCGGCCAGGUCACGCUCGCGUUAGAUGAAUACGUGCGCGUGCGCCAAAACCAGGCCGCCAAAGCCGAGCGGGAAAAGGAGCUCCGCGCGCUUGCCGACACAGGGGGUCCCUCGGGUCACCAGAAGCUUCAGGUGUGCGACGUCUGCGGCGCGUACCUUUCGCGCCUGGACAACGACAGACGACUGGCAGACCACUUCUACGGCAAGAUGCACCUCGGCUACGCUCAGAUGCGGAAGACGUACGACGCCUUCCCCAAAGAGCUGCGGUCGAGGGGAGGAGGCGGUGGCAGGAUGCCGUUGGACGACCACGGCCAAUCAGGGCCUGGAGGUUAUGACGAUGGUUGGAAGGGCCCCAGAGGGCCACGGGCGGGAGGCUAUGGUGGCGGUGGCGGUGGGGGUCGCGGAGGUCGUGGGCGCAGGUGGUGAGGCACCUUGUAUGCCUUUUUAUUCCCAGUUCUACUGGUUGUAAUGGCGUUUAAUGGAACCAUGUGAUAUAGGCGUUAAGGAUUGGACAAGCGAUACCUAAGCUGAUUUGUUGUUUUGGGACAGAAUCCCAGGGGCACAUAUUUUCAUAAUAUUGAGCUUGGUAAGCCGCAAUAUGUUUUCACACGACUUUUAAACGGUGUUUAUCUGAUUAUGAUAUUUUUUCCCUUUUCC